UCAACUCUCUAUUUAUAACACUGAGUGGGUCUCUGAUGAGCAUGUCGGUUCAAGGUAAAUCACUUCUCCGCAUAUGAGAGUUUGACACUAUCUUAUGUGCUCUGUGAACUGUGCAGAUGAUGUAUAAUGUAUGGUUUGCCCCCGCCAAAAAAAAUCUAUUUUAUUGUUCUAUUUUUUUUUUCUAAUCUUUGCCACAAAAAAAAAAAGAAAAAAAAGUUGCCUUUAAGAUCAGGUGGAAGAGGUCGGGGGGGUCAUUGUGUUAACAUAAGCCAAACAUCAUAUGUUCUUUGUGUGCAUAAAUUGGAGGCGUGUGCUGUCGCGGUGGGAGCGCGCAGAGGAAGGGAGGGCAAUCUUGUCCGGACGCUAAUAAGACCCAAUGGCUGGCGCAAGGUGGCCAGGAGCGCUGAAACGCGUCAGAAGACGGUGGACGAAGGAGAGGAGGAAAAAGACAAAAUCCCCACAGAGGCACUUUUGGAUGGAAAACAGUCGGCUGAGGGCAAAACUGGAGCGUCCGCAUAGCGACUGAAGAGAGUCAGGAAGAGCUCGGGCUUUAGGUGUGCGUCCUGAUUGUGUGUCUCGCCAGAGGGGGAAGAGUGGUGCGCGGAGAGAGAAGCGGUAAGUGAGAGAAACGCAGAAAAACACCUGCGUCGAGGCAGGUACCUCUGGAGGACGCACGAAGAGGACUUGACACGCACAAGAGACUUAGAUCCGACUGAUGCACAGUGACACCUUAUGUCAGAAACCUCUAAAUUUUUUUUUUUUAACUUUUUUUUUUUUUUUUUUUUUACUUUAACUUUUUUCAUUACUGACGCCAAACUUCAGAAGCAACAGCCAAUCAAGAUCAGUCUCUGGGCUGAUUUUAGUCAAUGUAGUUAUCAAAGCAAUGAAUCACAGCGUCUGUGUUUGAACAUUUAAGCUUUUUAUCUUCUAAUUAAGACGGAAUAAAGUAGCAAAAGGUAACCUACAUGACUCAAGUCUUGAUGUUUUUUUGAUCAACAUAUGCGCGCUAAUAAUCCAUGAUCUGGAAUGGACCAGGAUUUGACCCUCAUUCGCGUGCUGUCACACACCUGGACCUGGGAUAUCACUGUGGGCGCUGUGAGCCGCUGACCCCCGGGAGCCCAAACCCUCCCCAAUGAAGCAGUCCAGGUGGGCCCGCCUGGCACAGUACGGCCUGCUUGCUGUGUGGACCUGCAUAUGGCUGGUGCAGGGAUGCGGGCCGGGCCCCGGGUACGGCAUCCGCCCCAGGCCCAGGAAGCUCACGGCGAUGCACUACAAGCAGUUUUUCCCCAACUUCUCAGAAAACAACCUCGGGGCCAGCGGGAGAGCGGAGGGCAAGAUCACGCGCAACUCUGAGCGCUUCAAUGAACUCGUGUGCAACUACAACCCUGACAUUGUCUUCAAGGAUGAGGAGAACACCAACGCAGACCGCUUCAUGACUAAGCGAUGUAAGGACUGUUUGAACAGGUUAGCCAUAGCAGUGAUGAACCAGUGGCCAGGGGUCCACCUGCGUGUGACAGAGGCCUGGGACGAGGACGGUCACCACCCUCCUGGCUCUCUGCACUACGAGGGCCGAGCCGUCGAUAUAACCACCGAUGACAGGGAGACCGAGAAGUAUGGUCUCCUGGCCCAGCUGGCUGUGGAGGCAGGUUUUGACUGGGUCCACUACGAGUCCAAAUAUCACAUCCACUGCUCAGUAAAAGCUGAUCAUUCUGUUGCUGUGGAAAAAGGUGGUUGUUUCCCCGGCUGGGCCCGGGUGACUGUUGCUGGAGGGAGGCAGAAGAGUCUGUCAUCACUGGCCCCUGGGGACAGAGUCAUGGCCCUGUCUGGGACGGGCCAAGUCGUGUAUAGCCAAGUCCUCCUGUUUCUGCACCGGGAUCAGGACAGCUGGUCCACUUUUCUGUCUCUGGAGACCGAAGGCGGCCAGAGAUUGGUCCUCACUCCUCAUCACCUGGUCUUUUUGGCCCCUCAGUGCGGACACGACAGCGGCGAGUACCAGGCUCGGUUCGCUAGCGGAGCCAAAACGGGAGACUGCGUCCUCGUCCACACAGCGAGGGGUCAAACGCGUCCAUCCCAAAUCAUCUCCGUUUCAGUAGUGGAGAGCGUUGGAGUCUACGCGCCCCUGACAGAAGCUGGGACUUUGUUUGUCGACGGGGUGCUGGCAUCCAGCUAUGCACUGGUGGAGGACCACCAACUUGCACACUGGGCUUUCGGACCUGUGCGACUCCUCCACUCAUUCAACCAGCUGCUCUGGGGGGAGACACAAGCUUGCAACGAGGCUCCAGUACAUUUUAGCACUUUGGCCACGAUGGACGAAGCGGGCGCGCACGCAAACACGGGCAUUCUGCACAAACAUGACAAUCUGAGUGAGCCUCUGAGGAUAGAAGUGGAAGAGAAGCACUCCUUGCAGAGACGGACAUCAGAGGUUCACUGGUAUGCCAGACUACUGUACAAGUUUGGAUGCGUCUUUUUCAGCUCUUUACGUUCGUAAAACCUUAAAGUCAACCUGCCACUUUGAAACAUUAACCUGUUCUUUACUUAAAUAAAUUAAAACACUGGAAAGGUUUGCUUGCUCUUCUCACUAUUGUUUGCCUUAUAAUCUGUUCUAAUAAAAAACAUGCUAACACUGUGGUGAUACUUAUAAGAAAUAUAAGAAACUGAACAUAAUGAGACAGUACGUUAGAAGUGGUUCAUGUAAAAAUGGUAAUAUUAAAAUGACUGUAUCAUAGUCUAUUUGUACAUCUGUUAUUGCUUUAAUUAUUUCAGAUAUAUGUGUAAAAAUGUAUCUAUUAUUCUAAUGGGAUAUGAAUGAAUUCCCGGAGCAAUAAAAUCUUUAUUUUUGUACUUUAUGAAUCAUAAUAUAUAAAUGUUUCAUUUUAUCAUAAUAAUUCCACUGCCUGUAUUGUAUGCCCUCACUUGUUGCCAUGUCAUAAAGAAAAUUAAAAUGUAAUUGUAUGAAAAGCUAAA